AUGGCUCUGAACACCGCUGCUCUUCCACCCACUGUGGCUGAAGGCGAGAACCAGGCUUUGGUGCGCGGCUAUAUCGACAGGUUGCUCAUGUCACUCCUUGACCAGAUUUCUCUGUCCUCGUCCGAAGGACGACCGUCCAUCACGCUCCGUUGCCGACCAAAUUCAGCGACAUGUGUGAUCAACACAACCAACAGGGCCCUUGAGGGGUGCCGCAAUGAAGAGACAUACCGCUCAUAUUCUUGGCCGGGCAGCACAGCAUACGAAUCAUGGAAGUUCACGGUGAUCAUCCGAUUUCUGGGUGUCGUUGACCAUGCCCUGCGGACAGGCCAGUUGAUUUCCAAAAGGCGAGUCGCAUUACUCAAUUUCGAUGCGAAAGGAGCGCUCAGCUCAUUCCGAUCCUCUAAUACUAGAGACAUUUUUUACAUCGACCCAGCAUAUUUCCGAUCACAGCAGACAGUAAACUGUGUUGUUGAUGAACUUGCCUAUACAAUUGGUGUCGAUCGAACGGCGUUGAAUGUUGAGGCAGCCGGCAAGGGAUUGGUUGCAGGGUGUUUCCGUCUCAAACGUGAUUCCACCGUUAUUGUAGACGCACAAAUCACUGAAGACACCAUGGUCCCUCGUAUCCAGGACAGCGACGAAAUUGAUAUCUCCGGCGCUCGGUGGGUUUUCAUUAUCGAGAAGGACGCAAUCUUCCACCGAUUGGUCAGGAGCAGCUACCACACACGUGCCAUCAUGGGCGACGGUAUUCUCAUAACUGGCAAAGGAUAUCCCGAUAUUUCCACUCGCAAGUUUGUACACCGACUCUUUGACGUUGCUUCCAACAGCAAGCACAGAGCACCUAGAUUUUAUGCCCUAGUCGAUGGCGACCCUCACGGGAUAGCCAUCAUGUCAACAUACAAGUAUGGGUCACUGGCACAUCUCCACGAGAACGCAAGACUCGGCAUUCCAGGCCUGCAAUGGCUAGGUCUGAGGAUAACGGAUGCCAUAUUAGCAUCAGAAUCCUCCGGCGCUAAUGAUCUCCUGUUUUUGACUGCCAGAGACCGCACAAAAAUCAUUGCCAUGCUUCGCAAUAGCCCGGUGUGGUCGAGCAAUGGACCGGAGCCCGAAUGGAGGGUGGAAUUGCAGCGCAUGCUACUGUUGAAUGUCAAAGCGGAGAUUGAGAUGCUGUACGAGCAGGACGGAGGCCUUGAGACGUGGAUUGAUCACAAGCUGUUUAGGCAGACGUGA